CGUGAAGAAAAGGCAACCAAACAAAGAGAGACAGAGGCCUUCUUCCUCUCCUGUUCGUCCUCCCUCCGCUGCUGCUUGCCUGCUUCCAUCGCCGGCUCCCCUCUCGAUCGAUCCAUCCACGGUCGGUCGGUUGAGUCGUCGAAUGGGUCUGCUGUUCGUGCAGGUGCUCCCACGGGGCAACGGGGACCCCGGCUCCCCGGCGGCGACGGUGCUCCAGUGCCGGCGGUGCCGCCUCGACGCCGCCUCCAUGGGCGCCAUCCUCUCCAGGGAAUUCCAGGGGCGCAUCGGCCGCGGCUACCUCUUCGAUCGCGUGGUGAACAUAACCCUGGGCCCUAACGAGGAUCGGGAAUUUACGACUGGGCCGCAUAUAGUGAAUGACAUUUACUGUAUCUGCUGCCAAGAAAUUAUUGGCUGGAGAUAUGAGAAAGCGUACGAGGAGAGCCAAAAAUACAAGGAAGGGAAAUUCAUCUUGGAGAGAGCUUUGAUGUGCAAAGCCCCGUGAAAGAUCUCAUGCCACGGAAUGCAGGAACUGUAAGUAAUUGUGUAGAAAAUUUUAGUUGGACAAACCUGGAUAAAGACAAAGGUUGUAUGCAUAGCCACAUGAACUACUGCAGUACUGGAAAGAUGUGGGUGGCUUGUGAAUGAUGAUUGGCACAGAACAGCAUUAGUUCUGUGGUACAUUUCGGUACUUCACGCAAACAGCUAACCAGGGAGUGGUUCAAAAUUUGGUUGGCGCUCUUUCUGUUU